CCUAAGCUAAGGAUGUAAGGUCCGUGCACGCAGGGCGCCGCCGCUUUUUUCUAUGUAACACUUCCCCAUUCAAGAGUCAAACCUCCACCCGCGACCAUCCAAACCUUGGAACUUUACAACCUUACAACAUCAAAUAUCCGGGUGGACCACGUCGCGGCGCGGAUACAAUACGACACGGAACGACACGGCAUUGUAAUACAUACGCGUAUUCAUACUAAAUUUCCUUACUUCAAUCAACAACAAGGAGGUACCGCUUUGUUACUAGCGAUUGAAUCCUUUUGCGACGAGGCCUGUUUCGCGGUAUCGGCGAUUUCAUCGCAUGUCAUUUGGCCCUCUUUACCUAUUCACCGCCUAUGCGCCAACUUCGCGAGCUUCGAUCAGCAAAUUCGAUUGCUUUUCUUUCUUUUCUCUUCAAUCCGAAAUCCGAAACAAAAGCUAGGUUCCAUUAGGUACUAGAAGUGGUUGGAGUUACUCUCAAAUCGUGGGAAACAUCCACCCCCAUAUCUUCUGGUCAGAUCAUAGAGAUCAAUCCAUUUCUCGUAGAAGCCAUGAUUGCCUGAAGAGUACUGUUGCCAAUUCCUACAAGUCGCAACGUAGACACAGACUAUCUAAACGCCGCAAGCAACUCUACUACUUCGUAUACUGUCUUUUAAACGUCACCGGUUUUCAUUAUGUCUGCCGCCGAACAAGAGCCUCGCCGCUCCGUGCGAGCUACUAAGGGUCAGCACACGAAAGCUUUCGAUCAGCUCGAGAACGGACCGGAGCCUGCAAAGCGAAGGCAGACCAAAAAAGGCGGUAAGAAGGCGGCAGAGAAGGACGAGAAGCAAGAAGAAGACGAAGAAAUCAUUCGUUGUAUCUGUGGUGCGACCACUCAAGAUGACGAUGAUACGAACGAGCCAUGGAUAGCCUGCGACAAAUGUGGCGCUUGGCAACACAAUGUGUGCAUGGGCAUGAGUGUUUUUACCGAAGAUUUAACUAGAGAUUAUUUCUGCGAACAAUGCGCGCCCGACGAUCACAAGAGUACUCUAGAGGCCAUUAAGAAGGGAGAGAAGCCCUGGGAAGGCCGAAGACAGAAGUACGAGGAGGACAAGAAACGCAAGAAGGGUAGGAAGGGUAAAGGAAAGCGCGCAAGUGAUCCUAAAGACCGCGCGUCGCCCAGCGCUACCAGCACGAAGGCGAAACCAUCACCGACUCCCGACGCGAAAAAGGAAGAAGGCGUCCCAGAGCCCAUCAAUAAGGGAAAGCGAAAGUCUCGAGACCACUCUCAAGGUCCACAGAGCAAGCUGCGCAAAGUUACAGAAGCUCAAGCGGUUCCCGUACCUGUACCCGACCCCAAGUAUACCCCUCCGAAUGAUCUUCCCGAGAAUAUUCAGAAGCUUGAAGGGUCUCGAAGACAAGCGGCGGUUGCAUUACAGAAAGCGCUUGAUGCUGCCAUUGACUUAGCGGAGAAGAAGAAGCUUUAUACCAUUCCUCAAGGCACUGUCAAGAAGAAUGUCACGGAACGCUUGGCUAUCGAGAUUGAGCGUGCCUUUUAUGAUACCCAUCCGAAUACUUCACACAACGCAUCGCAGCUUCGAACGCUUAUUUUCAGUUUGAAGAACAAUGUUGAGCUAGCUGCGCAAGUACUCGUGAAGUCAGUAUCGCCUCCGUCUUUCGUAGUAAUGACGGGAGAUGAGUUGGCUACUAGGGAACAGCAGCGUGAAACCGCUGAGAUGAAAGCUCGCGCAGAAAAGCAGUCAAUUCUUAUCACGGAUGAUGGCCCGCGAGUCAGGCGGACCCACAAAGGGGAAGAGGUGAUCGAGCCAGACCACUUCACUGGCGAUGCGGAUGAUACUUCAUCUAACCUUCGUCGUCAAGCAUUAAAGGAGGCGAGGGAAGCAAGCGAGGCCGGAAACACGAGCAAUGACCAAGCUGUGUCUACAUCAACUGAUAGGGUGGCGUCCCCCGCGAAUGCUGGUAGUCGAUCAGGCUCCUCAGCAGCGCCCCUUCGAGUUGAUACACAGUCAUCUCAACAUUCGCCUAAACGAGCUGAUUUUGACAUUGGCAAAGUUUUCUCGAGCGUGCGAUCCCCAUCCGCAUCACACCAGCGACGAGCCUCAACACAAGUCCAAUCAACUGGCCCGGGAGAUGAUCCCGAUGUCGACCGAUUACUCCAAGAAGAUGGCAAUGACUCACCGCCGUACUCUCCAUCUGAACACAUCGAUCCUGAUGUUGUUUGGCGAGGUCCCCUUUAUAUGACGAAUGUGGCCGAAGUGGAGGUCGUGGCGAAGUAUGCGGGUGGCGCUGAUCUCAGCAAGGUUAGGAAUAUCGCAUGGAAAGAUCUCAUACCUGCCUAUCUUACUGUUGCUGGUCGAAUCACGGAGGAAAAGGCUAUUCCGUACCUUUGUGGCUUGCGAUACAAUAACCAGGUCGACCUAGUCAUCACCAGCUUAACUCCAAGCCAUUCAGGGGAUCCCGCAGCCCGUAAACAAUUCUUAGCCGUUAUCGAUUAUUUUCUGUCUAAGAAGCGAUAUGGAGUUGUUGGAGAGAAGAGACUUGGUAAUGUGAGAGACACGUAUCUAGUGCCAGUGCCGGAGGGCGAAGGUGGAAUCCCGGAACCCGUACAGAACAUCGAUGGGCAUCUUGUUCCUCUAAAGCGCACCGAGCCUAUGCUAUUGAUGAUAUUUGUUUAUCGGGACGAGAGACAGGUUCAGAUUCCGAUAGAUCAGCAACGAUCCGAGAUGCAGAAGGCUACUUCAACGACACCUGCACAAGGUACCCCGUUACCACCAAGAUCUUCCGUCUCGGCUGGACCAGCGUGGUCGCCCGCAACUCCGCAAGGGUCUUCUGGUAACAACAAUAUACCCCAGACGACGCACUACAACCAGACACCGGUCCCGCCGCCUAAGAUUCCGGGCCAUACUCCGCCUGUAGCGCCUCCCCGCCAAGCCCCAUCAACUGGCACAGCACCUGUCGCUCAAGAUCCUAUGGUACCGGCCCUACGAGCCGCGCAGGCCGAGGGUGAGAAGAAGGCACGUGAAGUCCUUGGUCCUUUAUUUUCUAGCUCUACAGUGGCAUUCUUACUGCCGCACGCCGCCCGUAUGAAGGAAGGCGAAUGGACAGCUGUCCGUCGUGCUCUGGAGCGAGAUCCAAAAGCUCGUGACGAUUUGCAGCUUUUAAGUAAGCUUCUCACUGAAGAUGGCAAUACCGGCCGCAAGCCGGGCGCCCAGACUACUAAUGCGGCGCCAUCCGGGGUUGUACAAACUACACUUGCUGCUGCGACGGAUGGAAGUCCAGCGCAGGCUUCUUGAAGCGGACUGUUGAACUACCCGCCGACUCUCGGCAAAUCCUGUUUUGUUUGAGUGGAUAUGCAUCUCGACUUGGGCGAUUGGCGUUUGGUCACUUGAAUGCAUGACGAGCUUUCUUGAAAGAAGUCGUAAAGGAGGACUACAUGUACUCCUAAACAACGUUUCCGACUAUAAUAAACCAGAAGUAUUCUCUCAAGCAUUGCCAAUCCCUUUGAUCUCAUCUAGCCCGAGGCUGUGUUCAACUGGCAAAAUAAUUGAGAGCAGUAGAGAUGCAUUUGCAAGGCCAGUAAUCGCACCACCACCCCAAAAAUCACCGAUUUUCAAGCAGUUGCGAUCAAUGCAUCAUAUUUUUCACGGGCGCCGCGCUACACACUCAAGUAGAGCACGGUUUUUUAAUCAAACUUCGAGCAUCGGGACGUCUUCAAGAGGUCUCACCACACUAAGGAAGAGGAAGAUCCGAAUUUCGUUCCUGUCUAAAGGAUGCGAUUUAUGUUUCCCUGAAUUAACGGGGAUCGUGUAAUGAAUUUCACACCUGGAAAAUGUUGGAGGAUUUUUUUUUUAAUUCGGGCAUUUCGGUGCCCGCGUUCCUGGCUUGUAUGUAGCAAUUGGCCGCUUACGCGCCGCGGUCUGAAUAUAUCGCACUCGGAUUUAUUACUUAU